CUGUGUGUGUUUUUUUUUUUGUUGUUGUUGUUGUUGUUAAAAAAGCGGUGGCGGUGAGUGAGUUUCGGGCGAGUGAGUGAUCCCGCGAGUCCCGAAAGGCUGAGGGAGGAAGGAGCGGAGUCACAGAGAACACAGAGAAAGUAACAAACACAAACCCAGAUCUCUGCCGAGUCCAUGUUAGUAGGACUUUAGGGAUCAGAUCGGAUCAGUUGCAAAAUGGACGGAUUUUACGACCAACAAGUUCCUCUGUUGGUGCACAAUAAAACGCGUCUAGAAGAACUUCGCGGGAGUCAAAUAAACGAGAGGAAAAGGAAAUUCGUGGAGACCGAUCUCGCCCACGAUUCAGAAGAACUUUUCCAGGAUUUGAGUCAGUUGCAAGAAACGUGGCUCGCCGAAGCCCAAGUUCCUGAAGAAGAUGAACAGUUUGUCCCAGACUUCCAGUCGGCUAACUUGGUGUUUCACGGUCCGCCCCCAGGGAAGAUCAAGCGAGAAGCCCUCAGCCCCAGGACAGAUGUGUCAUGCCGCCAUGAGCAGAAUCUCAGCUCCAGCUAUGGAGAGAACUGCCUCUACAGCUACAGGUACACCAGAAGACAUCCCCAUACACAACUUGGUGCCUAUGAUAGGAAGCCCUCCGCUGGGUUCAAGCCAUUAGCUGCUCCUGCCACCCCCAUCUCCCCAAUCCACCAGAACUCCGCUCUCCCUCCUCUUCACCCUCCUACAGUGUCAGCCUCAACUCAUGUUCCUACCCCAUCCCCACCACGGACUGUAGCCUCCGCCACAGCUCAGCAACAGCAGCAGACUUUUGCAAUACCUCGUCCUCCCCACCCCACACUGCAGAUGCCCCAGGCUGUGACUGAGUCCCAGUAUGCACAGGAACACAGGUUUCAGCGGCAGAUGUCCGAACCAUGUCACCAGUACCCACCCCAGUCAGGAAUCUCCAAUGACAGCCGGCAAGUUUACCAGAGACAAAUGUCCGAGCCCAUUCCCUCGGCACCUCUUCAGGACUUCAAGCAGGAGUACCACGACCCUCGUUAUGACCACAGGGCUGUAGCGCUCGGAGGCCCCAACAGAACCAAUUUUCACCCCGCCAUUGGCAUCAAGCAGGAGCCAAGAGACUACUGCUUUGACUCAGAAGUGCCUAAUUGCCAGUCCUCUUACAUGACAGGAGGAAGUUACUACAGUCCCAAUAACCACGAUGGUUUUCCCUAUGAGAAGGAUCCUCGGCUGUACUACGACGACACAUGUGUGGUGCCGGAGAGAAUUGACUCCAAAGUGAAACAGGAAUGCCCAGUGUACCGGGAGAGCCUGCCGUACCAGCGCCGGGGAUCUCUGCAGUUGUGGCAGUUUCUCGUGACCCUCCUGGAUGAUCCGGCGAAUUCCCACUUCAUUGCUUGGACAGGACGAGGCAUGGAAUUCAAGCUGAUCGAACCUGAAGAAGUUGCUCGCCGCUGGGGAAUCCAGAAGAACCGUCCUGCCAUGAACUAUGACAAGUUGAGCCGCUCUCUCCGUUAUUACUACGAGAAGGGUAUCAUGCAAAAGGUCGCUGGGGAACGAUACGUUUACAAGUUCGUGUGUGAUCCUGAGGCACUUUUCUCCAUGGCCUUCCCGGACAACCAGCGCCCCUUCCUGAAGACCGAAAUCGACAGCAGCCACGUACACAAGGAAGACACGGUGCCUCUGACUCACUUCGACAAUGCGGCCUACGUGCUGGAACUGGAUCACAGCAACAAUCUCCAGUAUUCGGAGGGCUUCGCGUACUGACUGGCUGACGGCAGCCCGCGUGACUGAAUGCAUCACUGUCCAGCUGGCAAAAAAAAAAGGGGCGUCCGUCCUGUGCGGUUCUGUUGCAUUUCAGCUGUGUUAAGAAUCCGGCUCUUUAUUUUUUUAAAACGGAAAAAAAAAAAGCGAGAGCCUUAAAAAAAAGUUGUACAGUGGCAUCGCAUUACCGAAGAAGCCACCGUGUGCUUCACCGAUGUUGAUGCCGCACUAACCAGCGUGACUUAACGUGGCCAAGUCUCCACUUUAUAAAGGGGGGGAAAAAGAAGCCAAAUUACGGGGCCGUAAUUGGGUUCAGGGUGUGGCAUUUGUGGUUGUUCAAAGCGACAAUUCACAGAGCUUGGAUUAGACGGUGUGACUGUAGCGUUCGUAACGACAAUCUGCUUUUGCGUUGAUUACAGUAACUUUCAGCUGCCUUUUUAAUGUUUUUUAAAGGGCUUCAACUUGCACAAUCCCACAGUUGUAUCAUGGAUCCAGAGUCGAGAGAGAGAGAGAGAGAGAGAGAGGCGGGGAGGGGAGAAAUUGCAUGCUGUCAAAGCAUGACUGCUGGUUUACCCCAGAUUGGAUACAAACUGGUGCUGUAUUGAGUAGCUAAGAUAGUCCUGUCUACCUGAGACCUAGCGCAGUACAGUGUAGCUUUUUAUUUUUAAAACAAG